UUAGAUAUAUCUAGCAAUCGAUUCAUUGGAAACGUCUCUUCAAAUCUGAUAGCUAGCCCUACAUCACUUGAGUACAUUGAUCUCAGUUAUAACCUUUUUGAGGGGCUAUUCUCAUUCAGCUUAUUGGCUAAUCACUCUAAGCUUGAGGUGAUUAUAUUGGCAAGUGGAAACAACAAACUUGAGAUAGAAACUGAAAAUUUGGCGGAUUGGGACCCCUCGUUUCAAUUGAAGGUUCUUAUACUUCGUCACUGUUAUUUGAACAAGCUCACCGGAAAUAUUCCCAAGUUUCUCUUUCACCAGCGCAAAUUGGAAAGAAUUGAUCUAUCUCACAAUAACUUGAAAGGAAGCUUCCCCAUUUGGUUGCUUCAAAACAAUACAGGACUGCGAGAGCUAAAUCUUCGAAAUAAUUCUUUCGUGGGUAAAUUUCAUUUGCCACUAGAUCGAUACGAGAGUAUUGUGUCUAUGGAUGUCUCAGGCAAUCAGUUGGAUGGGCAACUUCAAGAAAAUAGUGGAAAGAUUAUUCCAUACUUAGUAUAUCUAAAUCUAUCCCGAAAUCGUUUUGAAGGUUAUCUUCCGUCCUCAAUUGGUAACAUGAGUAAUUUGGAGUUUUUGGACUUGUCCUUUAAUAAUUUCUCAGUGGAAUCGCUUGCCAAUUGCACCUCCUUGACGAUUUUGAAGGUAUGCAAUAAUCGCUUUAAUGGUGAGUUUUUCUCAAAGCAACUGAAGCUAGAAAAUUUAUUAUCUUUGAAAUUAAACAACAAUCAGUUCACAGGAACUCUACCAGUUGUGCCUCUCAUUCUAUUUUAUUUGGAUAUUAGCAACAACAAUAUGUCAGGAACAAUUCCUAGAUGGAUUGUAAACAAUACAUAUUUGUUGACUCUUGACAUGAGUAACAAUUCUUUUGAAGGUCAGAUUCCUUGUGGACAGAAUUCACUUUACUUAUUAGACCUUUCUCAUAACUUACUUUCGGGAUCUAUGCCUUCUUGCUUGAAUUUGCCUGCUAGGCACCUACGUUUGCAAGGAAACAAACUUACAGGAGCAAUACCGAAAGUUGUUUUAAACUCACGUUCAGCGUCUCUUUUGACGUUGGACCUUAGAGAUAACAACUUUUCUGGUAGCAUCCCUGAUGAAAUUGGUGCACUUUCUAGCUUAAGAAUACUUUUAUUGAGGGGCAAUCAUUUCAGAGGUAGAAUUCCAAGUCAACUGUGUUGGUUAAAUAAGAUAGACAUAAUGGAUCUUUCUAAGAAUUCUCUUUCUGGAAAAAUACCGGACUGCUUUCACAACAUAUCCUUUGGAAAGACAGUUGUUAGUGAUCAUGCCUAUAAUAGAUAUUCUAGUUUUGCUAUUUCCUCGAACAUGAAAAUAGCUUCAACAUUCCAAAGGCUCAUAGAAUGGAAUAAUGAGGAAGAUAACAAGUGGACAGAAUAUGAUGAUCAAGUUGAGAUUGAGUUUGUCACAAAAUACAGGUCUAACUUGUACAGUGGUGAUAUCCUUGAUUACAUGUUUGGAUUGGAUUUGUCAUGCAACAAGCUAACAAGUAGCAUCCCACAGGAACUAGGAGAGCUAUCUUCACUUCGUGCAUUGAACUUGUCUUACAAUCAUUUGACAAGUUCCAUUUCACCAACAUUCUCACAUUUGACCCUAUUGGAGAGUUUAGACCUUUCCCACAACAAUUUGAGUGGAGAAACUCCUUCGGUAUUGAUUGAUUUGAGCUUUUUAGCAGUGUUCACUGUGGCUUACAACAACUUAUCAGGUAAAGUUCUAGACAUGAAAGCACAGUUUGCAACAUUUGAUAAGAGUAGUUACGAAGGAAAUCCAUUUCUUUGUGGACAACCAUUAGAGAAUAGUUGCACCAAAGAAGACAAGUCACAUCCAUCACCACCAAAAUCGUCAAAUGCAAGUGAAGGGAAAUGGUAUGAAGUAGAUCUUCAGGUCUUCUUUCCAAGCUUUACCGCAUCUUAUAUUAUUUUCUUAUUGGGUACAGCUACUCUCCUUUAUAUUCAUCCUUACUGGCAACAACAAUGCUUCAAUUUAAUUGAGGAUUUUAAGUAUCGGUGUUAUUAUCCUAUUUUUGACACUUUAAAAAAAUUGUCAAACCGUCUAUAUCCUUAGAUAUAUUCAGUUUCCAUGGACACCUAUGGUGGUAUUGAUGAUAGCUAGGUGUACAUCUGAUUACGAAUAAUGGUUAUUGUGCUCUAAUAUGAGACAUGGUGUUCACUUGUAUUUUCUUUCUUCUUUGUUGUAGUUCUUUGUCAUUUGAUAAUGGAUAUUGUCUUUGUAACUUUA